AUGACCACUGAGACACCAAAGGCAGCGAGCAAAGGACGUAAGAUGCCUUCUUCUUCUGGGAAGAAGUAUAAACAGGCUACUAUCUCUUCGUUUUUCAAGAAACGCGAGAAGCCACAAGAACAACAGGAUGUAGAGAAGACGCCUGAGAUGAAAACUCCGACUUCGAGUCAAGCACCGAAAUCAAAAGAGGUCCAGAGUCAUGCUACGGAGGCUUCUCCUUUGAAGAACAAAAGCACAAAGACUAUAGAGCAGCUUCCGGAAAUAAAGCCGGUGGAGAAACAAGUGGAGACUGUUGUUUCCUCUAGAGGGAGAAAAAGGCAAAACGUUAGUUUAAAAGAAAGUGAUGACGAAGAUGACAGUGACAAUGACAUUACGGUGUCCAAGAGAAGCCGGAACAGAAGCUAUAUUGAGGACAGCGAAGACGAAUAUAAGCUGGAUGAAGCAAGUGCUGAUGACGACGACGAGUACGUGGAGGCUGAUGUGGUGGAAGACGAUUCGUUGAAUGCUGAUUCGGGAAAAGCUGUUGAUGAAGAAGACGAUGACGACGAUGAUGAUCUGAUCGCACUAGCAUCUAGAAAGCCAGUUAAGAAGGCAGUCGUUAAUACGACAGUGCGCAAAACACCACAAAGCUUCAAACGGACCUCAUUGCCCAAUACUCCUGUAUCACAGGGAAAACAUAACAAGUUCAAUAAGACUAACGAAGAAAGAUACCAAUGGCUAGUCCAUGAAAAAGAUGCAGAAGGACGCGAACCUUCGGAUCCAAAUUACGAUCCCAGAACAUUAUAUAUUCCAAAGGAUGCAUGGGGUAAGUUUACCCCAUUCGAAAAACAAUAUUGGGAGAUCAAGAGCAAAAUGUGGGAUUGUAUAUUGUUCUUCAAGAAAGGUAAAUUUUUUGAACUAUACGAAAAGGACGCCCAUUUAGCUCAUCAUUUGUUUGACUUAAAGCUUGCAGGUGGCGGACGAGCUAAUAUGCAAUUGGCUGGUGUUCCUGAAAUGUCUUUUGAUUAUUGGGCUUCUCAGUUCAUUCAAUAUGGAUUUAAGGUUGCGAAAGUUGACCAAAGGGAAUCCAUGCUUGCUAAAGAAAUGAGGGAAGGUUCGAAAGGGAUUGUCAAGAGAGAACUACAGUGUGUGUUAACCUCAGGUACACUUACAGAUUCAGAUAUGCUGAAAUCAGAUCUUGCAACUUAUUGUGUUGCAGUAAGGGAAGAGCCAAUGUCGUAUUAUGAUCAAGAAAUAUCUUCAACGCCCAGGCCAGGUAAAAUUUUUGGUUUUACUGCAAUCGACACGGCUACAGGACAUAUUGAUAUAUUAGAAUUUGAAGAUGAUGAAGAAUGCUCUCAACUAGACACCAUAAUGUCUCAGUUCAAACCAACAGAAAUUGUUUUCGAAAAAUCGAAUAUAUCAUCACUUGCACAAAAAAUUAUCAAAUACAAUGCACAACCAUCUGCUAUAAUAAAUCAACGUAACAGUAGAGAGUUUUAUGAUUUUGAAAAGACAUUUGAUGAACUUAUUACACAUGAGUACUUCCCAUCUAUGGAAAAAUGGCCUUCAGUGCUUCGGAGCUAUUACGAGACAGGUAAAAAAGUUGGUUUCCAUGCAUUCGGUGGACUUUUAUCUUACUUACAAUGGCUUAAGCUGGAUAAGUCUCUAAUAUCUAUGGGUCAAGUCGAGGAAUAUAAUCCUACUAAAUCACAGACUUGUCUAGCUCUAGAUGGUGUUACACUCCAAAAUUUAGAAAUAUUCUCUAACACUUAUGAUGGAUCUGAUAAAGGAACACUCUUUAGACUGCUCAACAGGGCCAUAACCCCUAUGGGUAAAAGAAAGCUAAGGAAAUGGGUCAUGCAUCCGCUUUUAAAGAUAGAUGAAAUCAAUGCCAGACUGGAUUCCGUUGAUCUACUCCUCAAUGAUAUGGAAGUUAGGGAUUUGCUAGAAACCGAGCUUCUAAAACUCCCUGACCUUGAAAGAAUGCUUUCCCGAGUCCAUUCUUGUACAUUGAAAAUUCAACAAUUUAAUAAAGUGAUAACUGGAUUUGAGGAUAUUAACACUCUUGUAGAACAAUUAUCAUCGUCGUUUACUUUAAAAGGUGCGAUUGAACAUUAUAUUAGAGAGAUCCCGGAAUCACUAGCAAGUGUUAUUGAAACUUGGAAGAAUGCGUUUGAUCGAAAGCUUGCUGUAUCAGAAGGAGUUGUGGUACCAAAUAGAGGUGUUGAACCAGAAUUUGAUGAAUCAUUGGAUAUCAUUAGAGGCAUUGAAGAUGAGCUUAAUGAAUAUUUACAAAGUUAUAAGAAAAUGUUAAAAUCAUCUAAUAUUCAGUUCAAAGACUCAGGAAAGGAAAUAUACACCAUCGAGGUUCCAAUGUCAGCAACAAAGUUCGUUCCUCCAGAAUGGACCCAGAUGGCGGCAAAUAAAUCUUUCAAAAGGUAUUACUCCCCAGAAGUUCAAAAGUUAGCGAGAAGAAUGGCUGAAGCUCGUGAAACACAUAAGGUGUUAGAGGAUGACUUGAAGAAUAGACUAUUCAGAAAAUUCACCGCACAUUACAACACUGUAUGGUUCCCUACAAUACAAGCGAUAUCGAAUAUUGAUUGUAUCGUGUCUUUGGCAAGAACAUCUGAAUCACUUGGUUUCCCUGCGUGCCGCCCACAACUUGUGGAAGAAAUAGAUCCUAAAACGAAUGAAAAACUCAAUGGCUUCCUGAGAUUUAAAGAGUUAAGACAUCCAUGCUUCAACAUGGGUGCCAGUGCAGCCAAAGAGUUUAUACCAAAUGACAUUGCUUUAGGUAAGGACGCUGCUCAGAUUGGAUUACUAACUGGUGCUAAUGCUGCAGGAAAAUCAACAGUGCUCAGAAUGACAUGUGUUGCUGUUAUUUUGUCUCAAUUAGGUUGUUACGUUCCAUGUGAAGAAGCAUUGUUAACACCAGUAGACAGAAUCAUGACACGUUUAGGUGCUAGCGAUAAUAUCAUGCAAGGAAAGUCUACUUUCUUUGUUGAACUAAGUGAAACUAAGAAGAUUUUAGACCUGGUUACUAAUAGAUCAUUAUUGGUUGUUGACGAACUAGGAAGAGGUGGUUCAUCUAGCGAUGGUUUUGCUAUUGCAGAAGCUGUACUACAUCAUGUGGCUACACAUAUCCAAAGUUUGGGUUUCUUUGCUACUCACUAUGCUGCAUUGGGUUCACAUUUUGUAAAUCAUCCUAAUGUAGAACCUCUAAAAAUGGAUAUUCUUGUGGAUGAGGAAUCAAGAAAUGUAACAUUUUUAUACAAACUUGUUCAUGGAAAAAGUGAUGGUUCCUUUGGUAUGCAUGUUGCGUCUAUGUGUGGAAUACCAAAGGCUGUCGUUGACGGGGCGUCUGAAGCAGCUGAAGCAAUGGAACAUACUUCUAAAUUAAUAAAGGAAAGAAAAAAUUUACAUCAAAGUGACGAAGAUAUUCCGUUAGGUAUUGAAAGUGACUUGGUUCGUCUGGUAUUUGGUGAUGGCCUCAAGAAUACGAAAAAUGGUUCUGGUGAAGGUGUCAAAAUAUAUGACAACAACAUCAAGAAGAAUGUCUUGAAGUACAUGCUUUCAGUAGUUGAAGGACUCGAUGUUUAA